CCGUAUUGGCCGUCUGGUUACAAGGGCUAUCAUUAACUCAGGAAAAGUCGACAUUGUGGCUAUCAAUGACCCCUUUAUUGACCUCAACUACAUGGUCUACAUGUUCAAAUAUGACUCCACUCACGGCCGUUUCAAAGGUGAGGUCAAGGCUGAGAACGGGAAACUUGUGAUCAAUGGAAAGGCCAUCACAAUCUUCCAAGAGCGUGACCCUGCCAACAUCAAAUGGGGCGAGGCUGGCGCAGAGUACGUUGUGGAAUCCACCGGGGUUUUCACCACCACAGAGAAGGCCAGCGCUCACUUGAAGGGGGGUGCCAAACGUGUUGUCAUCUCUGCCCCCUCUGCUGAUGCUCCCAUGUUCGUGAUGGGCGUCAAUCACGAGAAAUAUGACAACUCUCUGAAAAUCGUCAGCAAUGCCUCCUGCACCACCAACUGCCUGGCUCCCUUGGCGAAAGUCAUCAACGACAACUAUGGCAUCGUGGAAGGCCUCAUGACCACAGUCCACGCCAUCACAGCCACACAGAAGACUGUGGACGGUCCCUCCGGAAAGCUGUGGAGAGACGGCCGGGGUGCCUCUCAGAACAUCAUUCCUGCAUCCACAGGCGCAGCGAAGGCUGUUGGCAAGGUUAUCCCUGAGCUGAACGGGAAACUGACAGGGAUGGCUUUCCGUGUUCCAACUCCAAACGUCUCCGUUGUGGACUUAACAUGCCGCCUGGAAAAACCAGCCAAGUAUGAUGACAUCAAGAAGGCUGUGAAAACAGCAUCCGAAGGCCCAAUGAAGGGUAUUCUGGGAUACACAGAGGACCAGGUUGUGUCCUCUGACUUCAACGGCGAUUGCCAUUCCUCCAUCUUUGAUGCUGCUGCUGGUAUUGCCCUCAACGACCACUUUGUCAAGCUGGUCUCCUGGUAUGACAAUGAGUACGGCUACAGCAACCGUGUGGUCGACUUGCUGGUUCACAUGGCGUCAAAGGAGUGAAUAUGGACUAGCUUGUGCUCUGUCCGGGGGGGGGGGGGGGGGGGGUUAAUGCUUCACUGGAAGCAUCCCCUCCCUCGUCAGCCCUGUUUUCUUCUCACAACUCAGCUCUGUAUCUUGCAGUUAGAGGCAUUCUCUGUUCCAUCGGCCUCUGAGGAAGUCGAGAGGCUGGAAGAAACUUGACUGUUUCUGUAACACCUCCUCCUCUCUCAAUAAAAGUCAUCACUAGUUAUCA